AUGCCUGAGGCAAAGGUGCCGCUUUUGCACGUCGUACGUUGUAAUGAUCCAGAACUCCUGCGUUGGUUCCUCUCGCUGGGCGCGGAUCCUAAUUACGGCCCAAACGAGAGUCGUUUGUUACUCGAAGAAGGUGCUAUUCAACCAUUUUCGCGGCCCGAAAACAACUCGGGGGCUGCAUUGGAGCUGGCUGCUUGGGUUUGCGACAUGGUAAUUUUUGAGCUUUUACUUGAACACGGUGCUAAGCUAGAGAACAGCCUUGCGCUGCACCGAGCCAUGAUGAGGAGUUCUAAUGACCGAAUUGUCUUUGCGGAGCGCAUUCUAAGCUAUGGGGCUGAUAUAAACCGCGUUGGUUACCUUUCUCCGUACCCGGCAAGGUGGAACUGCUCUUGCGGUGGCGGCCAGGCUUGGUACGCUAGAUCAGAUACGCUGGUUACUGGAACAUGGAGCGGACCAUUAUAUCAGUACUAG